UUGACCUCGGCGCGCGGAUCACUGAACCUGGUGGCGUUUCGCGCAUGCGCAGAACUCGCACUCACCUGUCGCACUUUAACACGACUGCUAUUCCACCAUCAAUGGGAAAGCGCGUUAUAUUCUUCAUUGAUAACAAUCUUAACUGCGUGUCGAUGCCAAAGGGAUCUGUCAGAACCGAAGGAGAUGUCCGAAAGUUCCUCUGGAGUGAUUACCAGCAGUGAAAGUUUUCCUAAGUCUCAAUCUCACUUCUCUGAGUUAAGCGAUACACACACUCCUCUCUCGGUGGAACUGACUCCAGACUCCGGCAUUGUUGCCACACCACUGCCAUCCAGUCGGUUCAGGUUCGCCUCGUGGCACUGUUUAGAGGAGCAUGAUGUGCGUGGAGACCAGCUCGCCUGCCCAAGAGUCAGAGAGGGCCCCGCUGAAGAGGAGCUGUCUGUUAACAGCGAAGACAUAUUUCUCAGAGGCGGCAGGAGAAAGAGGAGAGAGGAGGGAACACAGAAAUGGGAGGAGAGACUUCAGGAGAACUGGGAGAACUGUGCGGUACUGAACUUGUCUUAUCAGGAUCUGGGUGAUCCAUACCAGCUAGAGAACUUUACUCGUAUUCUGAAGAGACUCAUUCGAGUGGAACAUCUUCAGCUGGUGGACAACUCCCUGAAAGAUCUCAGUUCUGUCAGACUGCCAAGAUGUAAAAUCCUAAAUCUUCAUCGGAACCAUUUGACGUCCGUCCGUCAGCUGCCAAAAGUUCCCGCUAUCCAGCACUUGUGCCUGUCUGAAAACAGUAUUUCCUCCCUGAGUGAGUUGUGUCUGCUGAGGAACACGCCGCUGCGGUCUCUGACCCUGAAACGCAACCCCUGCCAGUUUCUGGAGCACUACCGCUCACGCGUGUUCGCCUGUUUGCCAAACCUCCUGGUUCUGGAUGGCAUCCCAAAGCUGCCGGAAGAUUGCGUUCCUCCUCCGUCACCGGCGGCAGCCAGGUUUUGUAUUAUUCUGUGACGGCAGCUCUUGAAUUUAAGCCUCGAAGACAGAACCUAAAGCCAAUGUCUAAUCCAGUGUACUGUCAAAUACUGCAAGUCUCUGUAAUGCAACGUUUUCAAUGAUCAUGUGCAUUUUCAUGACAAAUUAAAGCUAUUUAUGUA